CAGGCAGGCGGGGGGGAGGCGGCGGUGGUGGCGGCGGCUCCGCACACCCAAGAUGGCGGCGGUGGAGCUGGAGUGGGUGCCCGAGACGCUCUAUAACACGGCGAUCUCGGCCGUGGUGGAUAGUUACGGGCGGGCCCGGCGCCGCGACAUCCGCUCUCUGCCCGAGAACAUCCAGUUCGACGUGUACUACAAGCUUUACCAACAAGGACGCUUAUGCCAGUUGGGUAGUGAAUUUUGUGAACUAGAAGUCUUUGCAAAGGUGUUACGAGCUUUAGAUAAAAGACACCUGCUUCAUCACUGUUUUCAGGCUCUGAUGGAUCAUGGAGUAAAAGUUGCUUCUGUGCUGGCGUAUUCAUUCAGUAGAUGGUGCUCCUACAUAGCAGAAUCAGACUCUGAUGUAAAAGACAAAGCAAUCCAGAUUGGUUUUGUUUUAGGAGGGUUCCUAUCCGAUGCUGGCUGGUACAGUGAUGCUGAGAAAGUGUUCAGUUCCUGCCAGCAGUUAUGUUCCCUUCAUGAUGAGAUGCCUCACUGGUGUCGUGCAGUAGAAUGUUGCGUAAGAUUGCUGCAUGUACGAAAUGGCAACUGCAAAUACCACUUGGGAGAAGAAACGUUCAAACAAGCUCAGUCUUAUAUGGACAAACUUGCAAAACAUGGUCAAAAGGCAAACAAAGCAGCACUUUAUGGGGAGUUGUGUGCACUGCUCUUUGCAAAGAGCCACUAUGAUGAGGCUUACAAGUGGUGUAUAGAAGCUAUGAAGGAGAUCAAAGUUGGCUUGCCAGUAAAAGUAGUGGUGGAUGUCUUAAGGCAAGCUUCAAAGGCUUGUGUUGUAAAACGUGAAUUUAAGAAAGCUGAACAGUUAAUAAAACAUGCAGUAUAUCUAGCGCGGGAGCAUUUUGGAGCCAAACACCCAAAAUAUUCAGACACUCUAUUAGACUAUGGAUUUUACUUGCUCAACGUAGAUAAUAUAUGCCAGUCUGUUGCAAUCUAUCAGACAGCUCUUGAUAUCCGACAGUCAGUGUUUGGAGGUAAAAACAUCCAUGUAGCUACAGCUCAUGAAGACUUGGCUUAUUCUUCUUAUGUUCACCAGUAUAGUUCUGGAAAAUUUGACAAUGCACUAUUCCAUGCAGAACGUGCUAUUGGCAUUAUCACUCACAUUCUUCCUGAAGAUCACCUUCUCUUGGCCUCUUCCAAGAGAGUUAAAGCACUUAUCCUGGAGGAGAUUGCUAUUGACUGUCACAAUAAGGAAACUGAGCAGAGGUUACUUCAAGAAGCUCACGAUUUGCACCUAUCUUCACUCCAGUUAGCUAAAAAAGCCUUUGGGGAAUUCAAUGUACAGACAGCAAAACACUAUGGCAAUCUGGGCAGACUUUAUCAGUCAAUGAGAAAAUUUAAGGAAGCAGAAGAAAUGCACAUCAAAGCAAUUCAGAUUAAGGAGCAGCUUCUUGGUCAAGAAGAUUAUGAAGUCGCCCUAUCAGUGGGACACCUAGCUUCUCUCUAUAACUAUGACAUGAAUCAAUAUGAAAAUGCAGAAAAGCUUUAUCUGAGAUCAAUAGCAAUCGGAAAGAAGCUUUUUGGCGAAGGUUACAGUGGACUAGAAUAUGAUUACAGAGGUCUCAUUAAACUGUACAAUUCCAUUGGCAAUUAUGAGAAAGUAUUUGAAUAUCACAAUAUUUUGGCCAGUUGGAACCGGUUGCGGGAUCGGCAGUUCUCAGUUACAGAUGCUCUGGAGGAUGUAUGGGGUUGCAAUUUAGGAGUACUUUUGCCACUUGUACAUCAAGCAGCCAACCAUGAAACACUAGGCAAGGCCGAUGCAUUGGCAAUUGGUCUGUGCAAAGUGCACUGGCAAGUUCCUCAAAGGGUCAACAAUCUUGAGGAGUUACUGCGUAAUUUUAGGCUUGAAGUGGAGACCCAACAGUGGGAAUCCAGUGAAAUACUUCUUCCAAAGAACUACAUUUACAGGUAAGUACAUUUUUGUUUUUGUUUUUUAAAUCAUCUACCUUGACACAAGAGUGUCCAGGACAGAAUUUCAGUCUUUGCUCCGAAUUUCUCAGCUUUGGGUCUAAAUUUAAAGCUCUAACAUUUGUUUGACUGUAAGCUUUGGUUUUGUGAAUCAGUUUUAUUUGUAAUCUUCUAUUUUAUGCAAACACUGCAAUUUGUAAAGAAAGAGAAGAAAGUAAUGUCAGGGUUUCCUCAGUGCUUUGUUCCUCGGUUCUUAGAAUCAGAAACCAUCUCCAUCAACUGUAAGAAUGGAUGUUUUUUCCCAACCUCAGGAGGAGUAUUUUUUUAUGGAACGAAAGGAACAAAUGCUACUUUAAGCUGGGCAGGGGGAAAAAGUCACAAUAAGAUGUUUGAACACAUAUCCCUCUGUUACUUGAAGUAAAAUAGCUAGUAACUAUUGCGCUCCAAAGUGUUGGUCACUUAUUUUGUGAUGUUACUUACAACCAACAAGUGUCUGCCUUUCUCUUUCAUAGAAGUCUUUACAUGCACUCACUACUUUGUUGUAUAGAUACCAAUUGUUCAAUCUCUUUUUUUUUUUUUUUUUUUUUUUUUUUUUUUUUUGCACACAAGUGUUUUGUUGAUAAAUAAUUUUGAAUGUUUUUUUUUGUUGUUGAAUUCUAACUUAUUAGGAAAAUAACAUUCUUUUCAUAACUUUAAAAAUUAAAUUUUAAAAAUGCUGUGGUCUAUCAUUUGCUAACGGUGCCAUUGUGCUGCUGCUUAUGGUACAGAAAAAUGCACAUUUUAUUUAAUUACCUUUUUAUAGACGCACAUACUGGUAGAGUUACGGAAAAAAAAGGAAAACGCAUCGUGCCUAAAACAUGAUUGAAUAUGUUGACAAAACCUUUACUUGAUUUUAAAACUGACUGGAUUUUACUUUACAGCAUGGUAGCAAAGAUAGUUGGAUGGAUAUUGCUAUUAUCGGUCUCUAAACAAAGUUUCUAAUCCUGUUGCCUGUGCAGAAACUUUAUUGUUAACUUUUUUUUUUUUUUUUUUUUUGGAGAAGUGUUGCUGGCUGAGUGCUAUUUGCAAAUCUGAAUAUUCUGUUCAUUGUGGAUAUUUCCAUGUUUGACACAAAUGGCCUGUUGCACAUUUCAUUUCUUGGCCUUUUUGGGGAUUCUUGCUGUGGGGAGGAGGAGGAGGAGGGAUUUUAUCCAGCGAUCUGGACUAUAUAUACACAUUUGACUUCACUGGUAACGCUUUUGUCCCCAAAUCUCAGGAGUGUUUUAGGCAGUGAAGUAGGUUUCCCUUCACUGAUACCAAGAUGCGUGUUCUAGGGUCUUGUUAACAAUAUUUCAUUGCAGUCCUAGGUAUCUAUAGCAUGAGUGGCCUUAGUGAAUUUGUUGAAGUGCACAUUUUUUUUCAAAAGUACAUUUUAAGAUGAAAAAUAUAUGCUAUAUAAAUAUAUAGAGAGAUAUCUAGAAACUUGGUUUGUGGUGCACAAGUUAAGUGUUGGAUCACUAAAUAACUGUCGCAGGUACCAUACGUGUAACUCUUUUUCUUUUUAUGUAUAUUCCUGUAUGGGAAGCAAUGUUGCCAGGUAACUAAAACUUUACCAUUUAUUUCUUACCUUAUGAUGUGAAUGGACUCUACGUUUUAUUGACUAUUACCAGGUUCAGUACUAUUUUUAUACUUUAUUGUACUACAGGGGAUUUUAACUUAAUAGCAUUCUAAAAAGAUGUUGCUUGAACUAUUUAAAGCAAAAUACUAAAAUGAAGACCACCUUUUAAACCGGAAUCCCCACUUACAGUGCCACAGUAAUUUAUAUGAACGUGUCUUGAUCAUUACUAGACUUUGAACACCAUUCUAUUUGUUGUGUCAAUAACCUUUCGUAUCCUACUUCACAUUAACUGCAGUGCCCAACGUUAUUUGUAACCAUCAAACCAUACUGAGUAUGUUUGUAACCAGCAUUGUGAUAUUCUGUAAUUGUAUUGCUAAAAUGAAUUAUUGACCUAAUAAACAUAGUGUUCCUGCA